GUGUUGUGUCGUUCGUGAACGAACGAACUAAAUUGAACUAUUCACCAAACUGAACGAACGAACUAGGUCUGCCUUUAUAGUUCAAUAUAGUUCGAUAGUUCAAUUUAGUUCACUUAGUUCAAUAUAGUUCACUUAGUUCACGUCGUUCAUUUUGAUCUCUUACCCUGAUCGUUCGUUCGUUGUUCACUUAGUUCGAUAGGUCGGUCUGAGUUCACUUAGUUCGAUAGGUCGGUCUGAGUUCACUUAGUUCGAUAGGUCGGUCUGAGUUCACUUAGUUCGAUAGGUUGGUCUUAGUUCAUUUAGUUCGAAAGUUCGCUUAUCGAAUAAGCUGAUUAAUUUUCGCAUACAUUUAAAACUACGGUUUACAAGUUUGUGCGUAUCUAUGGCUUCAAAACGAAAGCAUAGCAAAGUUUGGAAUUUCUUUGAUUCAGUGGAUGAGAAGAGUGCUAAAUGCAAAUACUGCAAAACUGUGCUUAGUGUGGCUGGUGGAUCGCAAGGAAACUUAUCGCGUCACCUUAAAAAUAAGCACCCAGCAGCUUUGGAGGAAACAAAGCGCCAAACCAAUGAAAGCCGACAGGAAGCAAAUACUCCUCAGAUAAUUGGACCCCAACAGCAAGUAAUAACUUCGUUCAUUCAACGACCACCGGCUGCCGGGAAAGCUGAGAAAAUUGAUAGGCAACUAGUUCGUAUGAUUGCAAAAGGUCAUCAUGCAUUGCGAAUUGUAGAAGAGCCUGAUUUCAAGCAGCUCAUAGAUGAUGUGUCUAAUUGCCCCGGAUACAAGAUGCCCACUCGAAAAACGCUGUCCAACGUGCUUCUUCCAAAGCUUCGGGACGAAAUUGUUGGUAGCGUCAAAGAAAAAAUGGAGCUGGCAUCUGCAGUUUGUUUGACAACGGAUUGUUGGACCUCUCUUGCAAAUGAAAGUUAUAUUGCUGUUACAGCUCAUUUUAUUGAGAGUGAGGCAACUGUUAUGAGCUCACAUAUGAUUGCAUGCGAGGCAUUCGUUGAGCAGCACAGUGGUCAAAAUCUGUGCGCAUUUUUACAAAAAAUAGCAGAAAGAUGGAGUAUAGAGAACAAAAUAUCUGCUGUGGUUUCCGAUAAUGCUGCAAAUAUUGUCAAUGCCAUUAAAACAGGAAAUUGGCCACAUAUACCAUGUUUUGCACAUAGCUUGAACCUAAUUGUGCAAAAAGGACUCCGCGAAAUCAGCGUUGUACAAAACAAAGUCAAAUUCAUUGUGGAGUUUUUCAAUCGUAGCACUUUCGGCCUUAAGAAGCUGAAGUCAACUCAAACCCAAUUGAACUUGCCCGAUCUCAAAUUGAUUCAAGAUGUGUCAACUCGUUGGAAUUCAACUUUUAAAAUGCUAGAAAGGCUUGUUGUGUUGAAAGAUGCUCUUAUAUUAACACUUUCUACUCUGCGUUCUGAAUUAAACUUAUCUCAGAAUGAGUGGGCGAUAGUAGAAGAGUUACUGCCUAUAUUAAAACCAUUCAUGGAGGUAACAGAAGAAAUAUCAGCAGAAAAGAAUGUAACCCUUUCAAAGGUUAUAGUUCUUGCGAUUUUGCUACAGAAUAGUGUUGUGUCGUUCGUGAACGAACGAACUAAAUUGAACUAUUCACCAAACUGAACGAACGAACUAGGUCUGCCUUUAUAGUUCAAUAUAGUUCGAUAGUUCAAUUUAGUUCACUUAGUUCAAUAUAGUUCACUUAGUUCACGUCGUUCAUUUUGAUCUCUUACCCUGAUCGUUCGUUCGUUGUUCACUUAGUUCGAUAGGUCGGUCUGAGUUCACUUAGUUCGAUAGGUCGGUCUGAGUUCACUUAGUUCGAU